UUGAUACAAAAAAAUGUAUUAAGAAAAGUUGUAUACCAUGACUUUCUUGAUUUAAACUACAAGUGUUAUAAAUAGAAAAGAAAAAAAUGAGAGAGAGAGAGAGAGACAUGCAUCCAAGUUUGAAAUGUGAAGCUGCUUAAUGCGUUAGACAUGGGUGGAUCAAACACAAUAAAAUAACAUUCUAUAUUUGUUAACUAUAGAAACAUGUAUUGAUUCUGCUUCUUCCAUUUGCAUUCUCUCCCUCCUUUGUUCUUCGUAACGAGAGAAGAUAUUUCCCAAUUGGUGUCUUGAUUUGAUCCACAUUGAGUCAAAGCUACAUUAUCGAAUCGCAAUGGCGAAAAAGCUCGGUUUCAUUGUUAUGUUAUCAAUUUGUCUCCUGAUUUUUGUCUCGCCAGGACGUGAAUCUUUAGCAGAUUCUCCUUUGCCACCGUCUUCAUCACCGGAAGAAGAUUCCCCUUUGCCACCGUCUUCAUCACCGGAAGAAGAUUCCCCUCUGCCACCGUCUUCAUCACCGGAAGAAGAUUCUCCUCUGCCACCGUCUUCAUCACCAGAAGUAGGUUCCCCUCAGCCACCGUCUUCUUCACCAGAAGCAGAUUCCCCUAACCCACCGGCUUCAUCACCGAAACCUGAAUCCUUAGCAGAUUCUCCUUCACCACCCCCACCUCCUCCUCAGCCGGAAGCUCCUUCGUAUCCAUCAUCUCCUGAACCAGCACCUGUUCCUGCUCCAUCUGACGAUGAUUCUGAUGAUGAUUCCGAGCCAGAGACCGAGUAUUUCCCUCCUCCGGCGCCAACUCCUGCGCCGGAAUUGGGAAUGGCACAAGACAUCAAAGCAAGCGAUGCUUCUGGCGAAGAACUCGAUGACGAAAGAGGUGAAGAUAAUGGAAUGAGUGGAUUGAAGAAAGCCGGAAUAGCCAUUGGAGCGAUAUUGGGACUAGGAGCUAUUGUAAUCGGAGCUCUUGUUUACAAGAAACGAAGAGAUAACAUGACCAGAGCUCGUUACACUUACUUUACCGAAGGAGAGUUCCUUUAAAGAGCCUUUUUUUUUUUUGGAUAUAAAAAAACUUGUUUCUCUUCUCAAAAAUGGAAAACAUAUAUUUAAUCCUUAAUUUGUGUUUAUGCUAAACAAAAAUAGUUGUUACUUGUUUUUUUUGGUGCUACAUCAUUCUCUUAAAGAGUUUA